AUGAACCCUUUCAAGAAAAUCGAUCGACUCACCCCGGAAUCCUCCCUUGACAGUACGGGAUGGGCUACCAAGAUCCUCGACAAAGCCAUGGUCGCCGUCGGCUCCUAUGGCGACAAGGCCGUCUACGGAGCCUGCGCAGUGGGCAUGGCCGGUGCCAUUCAUGCCGCGGCGGCAGGCGCGAUUGCCUACCAGGUGGUCCAGGGAGUCGGGCAGCUUCGCCAGAUUGCCGGCCAUCUGGACGGGAUCAACAACACUCUGGCGAGGGAUCAUGCCCUUAACGCACCGCCAGCGUUCGCCGACUUUGUCUAUAACAUGGUCAAGAACAUGAUUGGCAGUUCGUCCUCUAGCGCUUGGUACUUUGUGUAUCAUCCCGACACGUACUGGACCCAUCAUUUCUCAAAUCAAAUCCGCUCCGAUGGACCACUCGGCAAGCGCUUCAUCGGCAUCUUUCAGGAUCUCGAUAUGGUCGUCAUCUUCAUGCGUGCCAUGAGACAGGCGCUUGCAUCAGACCCCAAGAUGCAAGAGGAUCCCCCGCAUUUCAAGCUUCUGAUCCCGGCCUACUAUCCCAUCGUCAUUACAUCGCCUCUUCAGUUCCCCAAGGAUCUGGAGCCCUUCAGCCUCUACUGCGACACGCACGACGGACAGCCCUUGGUCUGGAUGAACUUACCUGGGGUCGAAAAAGGAAUACAUGACAACAUCGGGCUUUACAAGCCCCCGCAAAGCCUCCUCAGCAAACUCUUCGGCUCGAAACAGAACACAGGCCCGCGAACCUUGGGUACCCUCGGCGACCCCGACGGAGGAAAGCUGUACGAGCUGACCGAUAGAAACGUCAACAUCGAGCAUCUCGCUGAGGGCGAGAGGAGAAAGUACAACAGAAGGGCCUCUCGGUCAGCCAGCAGUCUGAUAAGAGAGAAUCUGGCCCGCCUUGAAGACGACGCACCUCCGGCUUACGACCAACAUUCUUUCUGCAACGGCAAUAAUCGACCCCCCAACCGGAGAAACACCAGCGCCGGCAGCGACCAGAAGAAUGAAUUUGCCCGAUCCAGCAAUGAAGAAUACCCCCGAUAUGAGAACAACAGAGAGUAUCAACGAUAUGAGGCAGACGAAAAGACGAACGAGUUUGCCCGAGUCAGCAAUGAAGACUAUCCCCGGUACGAAAACAAUAGAGAAUAUCAACGAUAUGAGGCGGACGAAAAGACCAACGAAUUUGCCCGAGUUAGCAAUGAGGACUGUCCCCGGUACGAAAACAACAGAGAGUAUCAGAAAUACGGGACAGAUGAGAAAAUGCCUCUUUGUGGACGAAACGAAUUCUCAAGAUGCAACAGCGAGGAGUAUCCCAAGUAUGCCAACAACAGAGAAUACCAGAGAUACUCCGAUGACGAGAAACGCCCCAAGUCCGAGAAGAGCGAGUUCGAGCAUCGCCAGAAGAAGCAAUAUCCGAAAUACCCCACCGACGAGGAAUACCAGAAAUACCCCGUUGACGAGAAACGUCUGAGAUUCGAGAAGAGCGAGUUUGAGAACUGCAGGAAUGGGCAAUACCCGAAAUAUGAGAACGACAAAGAAUAUCAGAAGUACGAGGUGGACGAAAGGCCUCCUCUCUGUGGACGAAGCAAGAGCCAAGAAUACUCGAGAUACCACAGCACCAAAGAGUAUCAGAAAUCCGGCAACGAUGAGAAAUCGCCGAGAUCUUCUCCGAGAUCCUCAAAAGAUGCAUUCGAGAAGCGCAGGACCGACGAUUACCCCAAAUACAAGGAGGACAAGGAGGAUCCGAAGGAUGAGGAAGAUGUGGAGUCGUACAAAUGGAAUAGCGACGACGACAUGGACAACGCUUCCACCAUUGCGUCAGUUGCCUACCUCGACGAAGACGAAGAAGAAGGAGAGGCAUCCGAUCGGAAGCCCAGGUAUCAUUCUCGCCGACACCACAGGUCGUCUCCCCGUUACAGUACGACAUCUUUCGUCUCGAGCCUCGCUCCCACCGAGAGUGUUUUCUCCUCCACCCAGGGUUCCCACAAGGGGUACCGCAAGAAGCGCAGACGCAGACGCAACCACAGCCGGACUCGAUCGAAAGCCUGA